GCAAGACGAAGGCGAAGCUAGCUGCCUGGGCUGUUCGAGCUUCGAUUGCUAGGUAGACCAAGGUUCACGAAGCCAGAAGGAAAAGCGACCAAGUGGUUAGUCAUGGGGGCCGCUCUGAGCGCUCUCGGCACCGGGAGGGUGGGGCCGCUGGCCCGGACGGCGCUGACGGUCGUCGUCCUGCUGCUCCUCCUGCCUACGCACGCCCUCGCCGCGGCCGUCGCGGCGGACACCUCCGCCACGCUGGUCGAGUCGCUGCCGCUGCCCACGUCGCUGGUCGGCCCGGAGAGCGUCGCGUUCAACGAGUACGGCGAAGGUCCCUACACCGGUGUCUCCGACGGCCGCGUCCUUCGCUACGACGGCGCCGACCGGGGCUGGACGACGUACUCCACCGCCCCGGGGUACAACGUCGCCAGGUGCAUGGCGCCCAAGCUCCGCCCCGGGGAGUUCACCGAGAGCGUGUGCGGCCGCCCGCUCGGCCUGCAGUUCCACAACACCUCCGGCAACCUCUACAUCGCCGACGCGUACAAGGGGCUCAUGCGCGUCGGGCCGCGCGGCGGCGAGGCCACCGUGCUCGCCACGGAGGCCGACGGCGUGCCGUUCCGCUUCACCAACGGGGUCGACGUCGACCAGGUCACCAGCGAGGUCUACUUCACCGACAGCAGCACGCGCUUCCCGCGAUCGCAGAACGAGAGGGUCACGACCACCGGAGACUCGACGGGCCGCCUGAUGAAGUACGACCCGACGACAGGCCACACCGCCGUGCUCGACUCCGGCAUGCCGUACCCCAACGGCGUCUCCCUCAGUGCCGACAGGUCGCACCUCGUGGUGGCGCUGACCGGGCCGUGCAAAUUGGUGAGGCACUGGAUCAAGGGAGCCAAGGCCGGCACGUCGGAGCCUUUCGCCGAGCUGCCAGGCUACCCGGACAACGUGAGGGCUGACGGGAAGGGAGGGUAUUGGGUUGCACUGAACCGUGAGAAGUCGGAGUCGCCGUAUGGCUCGGAGGACCACGUCAUCGCAGUGCGGGUCAGCCGGAGCGGGAAGGUUGUGGAGAAGCUGAGGGGUCCCAAGAACGUCCGACCGUCGGAGGUGAUCGAGAGGGACGGCGGCAAGCUCUACCUGGGUUCAGUGGAACUCAACCGUGUUUCCAUUGUUAAGGCUACCAGUUAGUUUGUUGUUCAGACGGAGUACCAGUUAGCUUAUUUCCUUGGCUUUUGUUCAGUGCGCUUGUUUUCUUUAAUUUGUUUUAGACGCAAGUAUUUUCGGCUGAACCAGUGAACUACGGAUGUAAAAAAAAAUGCACUUUAUAUGUCCUUGGAAUAUAUCAGUAUGCUGUAGCAUAAUUACCACGAUUUGUGAAUUGUGAUAAGAGGCUGAAAACAACUCCAUA